CGAGGGUGGGUCUUUGGCGCAUCAUGACGAAUUGCGUGUUUCAGUCUCUCUCCGAGCAAACCUGGCUUGAGGCUGCCCAGACCUUCAUCCAAGAGGCCAUUUGUCCAGCUGACCAGGAGCCUGAUCUGCAGUUGACUCAGCGGGUAAUUGACUGUGUGAGGAGAAUUUGGUGUUCCCAGGAGAGGAGCCAGGGUUUUGCACUGCCUGUCAGCUACAGCUUUGUCUCAGCCCAGAAACUCAGGAGCCGCCAUCACCCGUGCUGUAGCCACCUGUCCUGGAGCAGUAAUGCAUGUGAGGCUUGGGCCCAAGAGGCUGGGCCCAGUGGGAACCGUCUGCCCCAGGAGCAGCUGUUACUUUUAGGGAUACUAACAGACCUAUCACAGGACUCAGAACAAGAGAGCCAGGAUGGAAGCCUCUUUGUGAGAGAUAACACUGGAAUCCUGGACUGUGAGCUCCUAGAUUUGGACCUUUCCUGGCUGGGCCAUCUCUUCUUGUUCCCCAGUUGGAGUUACCUUCCGCCUGCCAAGUGGAAUUCCUCAGGGGAAGGGCACUUGGAGCUCUGGCAUGCCCCUGUGCCAGUGUUUCCUUUGGCUGUCAGCCCUGACCCUCUCACGCCUAUCUCUGUUCUGUACCCAGAGAUUGCAUCCCUGGUGCUCAGACACAGAAGCAAGCGCAGAGGUGUACAAUCAAAUCUAGCUGGGAAGCUGGUCCGGUUGAGUCCUCUGGUAAGAAGUCAGCAGAAGACUUACUUCGUCCUGUCUCUUGGCAAACUGCUCCCCACCAGCGGCCAGGCUGUCAGCCAAGUGCCUAUUAUUGUGCAGAUCCCUGCCCAGCUGGUGUGGCGCCGAGCCCUUCGGCCUGGUGAGGACUAUGUGCUGACAGAACUCCGAGUAUCCAGGAUCCAUGGUCACCGUCGCCGUGUUUGGAUGACUACUCCCUCCUCGCAUCUGAGGCUGCUGAACGCGGGGUGUGUGCAGGAGCUGCAGCCAGAGCUAGAAGGACCCUGCUUGGAGGCUGAACCCGAACCAUUCCCCAGGCCCUGCAACUCUCGAGAUGGGAAGGAGCCAAAAGGCGCUCUCCGGAAUUCCAGACUCUUACAUUAUAAGGGAGCAGUCACUGGCGUGUUGAAUGAGCCCGCUGGCCUCUAUGAGUUGGACGGGCAGCUGGAGCUCUGCCUGGCAUACCAGCAGUUCCGUGGCCUCAGGCGGGUGAUGCGACCUGGGGUCUGCCUGGAGCUCCUAGAUGUUCACCUGCUCCAGUCAGUGGGUGGAGGGACAACAAGACCAGUGCUGGCACCCUGCCUCCACAGUGCCAUUCUUCUGCGGGCCUUUUCUUGUCAGAAGCCUGGGACUCAGUCUUCCCACCACGUUCAUGGGGCCUCCUUGUAUGAAGACCUCAUAUGGCAACGUCAGUUAGGACUGCCCCUCUAUCUAUGGGCUAGCAGGGCCCUGGCGGAGCUGACCUGCAAGCUAUGUCCCCAUGUGCUGAGACACCACCAGUUCCUGCAGCACUCCCGUCCUGGCAACCCCAGCCUGGGACUGCAGCUCCUGGCUCCAGCACUGGAUGACUUUUCUCCACCAAGCAGCACCAUUCGGAAUAUACACAAUGAGAUCCUUGAAGAGCCACAUCACUGUCCCCUCCAGGAAUAUGCUCGGCUGCAGACACCCUGCUCUUUCCCCACUCUGGCUGCGCUGGCAGCGGAAGGGGAACAGAAGGCUUGGGCUUCCUUUGACCCAAAGACCCUUCUGCCCCUGCCAGAGGCUGCCUACCUACCCAGCUGCCAACUCAAUCAGCGCCUAGCCUGGUCCUGGCUGUGUUUGCGACCUUCUGAUUUCCACCCAGCCCAGGUUUUACUUGGGGUCCUGGUGGCUUCAUCUCGGAAAGGUUAUCUGCAACUUAGGGAUCAAAGUGGCUCCCUGCCCUGCCUGCUCCUGGCCAAGGACUCGCAGCCUGUCACUGACCCGAAGCUCAUAGGCUGCCUGGUUCGGGCAGAGAGGUUCCACUUGGUUAUAGAGAGGAACGUCAAGAGCAACUUUCCUUCCUGGAAGGAGCUGGGCGUGGAAAAUUUCAUCCAGAAGCGGCGAGCUAGAGUUUAUGUCCAGUUCUUUCUUGAUGACUCCUUGAUCCUGCCUGUGCCCAGAUCUACACUCCAUUCAACCACUCCCUCAGUGUCUCCUCAGACAGAGCUCACCUGCCCAGAGGAGCCUGAUGUAGGACAGAGCCGUCUAUUCUUGCUGUCCCACAAGGAGACCCUCAUGAAGAUGAAUUUUUGUGCCUCCUCAAGAGCCAUCCCAGAAGUGCUCAAACCCACCUUUAGUUUCCGGGUGUCAGGGAUCUGGCUUGAGGGCACCCAGAGGAAGGAGGGAACUGGAUGGGGCCCACCUGAGCCCCUGAAAGAUGUGAACAAGGACCAGAAGGUUCUUCUCCUCUUCCAUGGCUCUUCAGUCCGCUGGUUUGCAUUCCUGCACCCGGGGCAAGUGUACCGACUUGUCACCCCUCUUUCUACACCAAUGUUGUUUGAAGCAGAGGGUUCAUCCUGCACAUCUCAGCGUCCUCUGGAGUUGGCUGCCUGUGGGUCCUGCCUCACUGUCCAGGACAAGUGGACCCUGGAACUUGAGAGCUCCCGGGAUGUGCCAGAAGUGCUUGGCCUACACAGGGCACUGCCGGAGUCUUCCCUGCCCAACCUGCUCAGUGGAAAUUUCACUGAUUCCUUGGUGUCUUUCUCAGCUGAGAUUUUAUCACGGACAGUAUGUGAGACACUUCGGGGCCAUUGCUGCACAAAGCCUGGGAACGCUCGGGCCCUGAGAAGGUGUAUGAAGCUAACCGUAGCUCUAGAGCCUGCUAACUAUGAAUUCCCCCCACACUUGGACAUAUAUAUGGAAGAACCACACUUGCCUGCCCCACUAGGGCUCCUUCCAGGAGCCCAAGUCCACUUUAGCCAACUGGAGAAAAGGGUUUCCAGGUCUCACAACGUUUACUGUUGCUUCCAGUCGUCCACUUAUGUGCAGGUCCUGAGUUUUCCCCUGGAAACUACAGUCAGCAUUCCCCUGCCCCACAUCUACCUGACUGAGCUUCUCUGGGGUGGACAGGCCCCAUUCCGAGCCACUGCCUCUUGUCAUGUGGUUUCUGUCUUCAGCCUUGAGCUCCUGUGGGUGUGUGCUCACUGUAGAAGUAUCUGUCCCCAGGGAAGGUGCUCUCGUCAGGGCUCCACCUGCCCUACUCAGACGUCAGUGAGCCAGGCCAGCAUCAGGCUUCUGGUAGAGGAUGGCACUGCGGAAGCCGUGGUGACCUGUAAGAAUCAUCAUGUGGCAGAAGCUCUGGGGCUGUGUCCUAGCGAGUGGGCCUCCCUCCUGGAGUUCACCCGAGGGCCAGGCAGAGUAGCCUUGCAGUUUACAUGGCCUGGAGCCCAGCUGGAGUCCUCAGCCGAGUCGAAUGAGCCCUUGACAUUCUUCCUCAGGACACUUUGUGCUAGCCCCUCUGUUCUCCGCCCUAUUGUGCUUUCUUUUGAGCUUGAGAGGAAGCCCUGUAAUAUCACCCCAUCAGAACCUCCCCGCCUACAGCGGUUCCAGUGUGGAGAGCUCCCUCUCCUGACAAGGGUGAAUCCCAGGCUGCGACUGACCUGUCUUUCUAUCCAGGAGCCAGAGUACCUCAGUCCUCUGAGGGCCUUUGCCUCCUCCUGAUGAUCUGAGCUACAAAGAUGGCCUGGAAGAUUUCUUGCCUCCUUGGGAACCUUGAGGCCUAGAUUCCAUUUCCAACCUCUUGUGGCACCUUCUCUUUCUGUCACUGAGCCUGGACUCCUAUCUUUGGUUCACAAACUGCUACCCUAUUGUAAUUCAUUCUGGUGCCAGGCUUCCUGGGGCUGGUGUGGGAACAACACAUCAUGCUGGUUGAUACUGCCUCUAUUUGGGGUCAAGUCACCUACACUCAUAAGUGACAAGCAGAGUCUGCCUUUGUGCCAGCAGCUGGCAGAACCAAAACCUUGUUCCUUGUGAGGUUGCUGUUCACAGACCGUUUGGUUCCAAUAAACCUCUUUGAGGCUGGU